AUGCAUCUGUACAACCUAACUCUGCAAGGCUCUUCGUCGAUUAACCAGGCAGUUCAUGGCUCAUUUUCGGGCUUACCGAAGCAGCAGGAGGUUUGUAUCGCGAGAGGUAAUCUGUUGCAAUUGCUUUUUUGCGAUCCUAAAACUGGAAAAAUUCAUGUUCUGUGCAGUCAGAAUGUUUUCGGCAUUAUUCGAUCACUUUUAGCUUUUCGUUUAACUGGUGGCUCGAAAGAUUAUAUCGUAGUCGGAUCAGACGCUGGUCGCAUUGUGAUACUGGAAUAUAAUUCACAAAAAGUUUCUUUUGAGCGUGUCCAUCAAGAAACUUUCGGCAAAACAGGUUGUCGUCGAAUCGUUCCGGGACAGUACCUUGCAGUGGAUCCUAAAGGACGUGCUAUUCUUAUCGGUGCUGUGGAACGUCAAAAAUUAGUAUAUAUAAUGAAUCGAGAUGCUGCUGCCAAUUUAACCAUCAGUUCGCCACUUGAAGCUCAUAAAACUCAUUGUCUUUGCUACAGUGUGGUGGGAGUUGAUGUGGGUUUCGAAAAUCCCACUUUUGCUUGCCUUGAAGUGGAUUAUGAAGAAGCGGAUCACGAUUCAUCUGGGCAUUUGGCGUCUAAGUUUCCUCAGACACUAACAUUUUAUGAACUGGACUUGGGUUUGAACCAUGUUGUUCGAAAAUACGCUGAACCUCUUGUGGAUAAAGGAAAUAUUCUAAUUUCUGUGCCUGGUGGGCAAGACGGUCCUAGUGGUGUAAUUGUUUGCUGUGAAAAUUAUCUGGUAUACAAGAAUCUCGGUGAUCAACCGGAUAUAAAGUGUCCAAUACCUAGAAGAAGAAAUGAACUUGAUGACUGUGAUCGAAACGUUUUAAUUGUUUGCACAGCUACGCAUAAGACGAAACUUAUGUACUUCUUCUUAGUGCAGACUGAUCAAGGCGAUGUUUUCAAAGUUACCUUGGAAAGUGAACAUGAUAUUGUCAUGGAACUGAAGAUUAAAUAUUUUGAUACAAUCCCUGUUGCAAACGCCAUGUGUAUAUUAAAAACGGGAUUUCUUUUCACAGCAAGUGAAGCUGGAAAUCAUCAAUUAUAUCAAAUCGCUCAUCUUGGAGAUGAAGAUGAUGAACCAGAAUUUUCUUCACGUAUGCAACUUGAAGAAGGCGAAACGUUUUUCUUUGCACCCAGGGGGUUGCUUAACCUUGUCAAUGUUGACCAAAUUGAUAGUCUUUGCCCUCUAAUAACGGCUCAUAUUGAAGAUUUGGCCGGAGAGGAUUCACCUCAGAUUUAUGCGCUAAUUGGGCGUAGCUCUCGGUCUGCUGUAAAAGUGUUACGUAACGGUCUUGAAGUUACCGAAAUGGCUGUUUCCGAACUUCCUGGUAAUCCGAACGCAGUCUGGACUGUUAAAAGGAAUAUUGAUGAUAAGUACGAUUCGCAUAUAGUAGUAUCAUUUGUUAACGCUACUCUGGUGUUGUCAAUUGGUGAAACAGUUGAAGAAGUCACUGACUCUGGUUUCCUUGGUACCACACCAACUCUUGGUUGUGGUCUCAUUGGUGAUGAUGCACUUCUUCAAGUUUAUCCUGAUGGUAUUCGUCAUAUUCGAGCUGACCGACGAGUUAAUGAAUGGAAAGCUCCAGGUAAACGGACAAUUAUGAAAUGCGCUCUGAACAGACGCCAAGUGGCAAUAGCAUUGGCUGGUGGCGAAAUAGUUUAUUUCGAAUUGGAUGUGACUGGGCAACUAAAUGAAUACACUGAGCGAAGAGAAUUGCCUGCAGAUGUGCUAUGUAUGAGCCUCAGUGAAAUUCCUGAAGGUGAGCUCAGAUCGCGUUUUUUGACUGUUGGCCUUGCCGAUAAAACUGUUCGUAUUAUUUCCUUGGAUCCUCAGGAUUGUUUAUCGCCUUUGAGUAUGCAAGCAUUGCCGUAUGAACCUGAGUCUAUUAUCGUAUUAGAAGUUUUUGGUGCUGAAGGGCAAAGUUCCUCAACCGUCCAUUUGAACAUCGGCUUAGGAAAUGGUUGUUUGCUGAGAACCACUGUUGACCAAGUAACAGGCGAGUUAACCGAUAAUCGCACACGAUAUUUGGGAACCAGAAGUGUCAAACUGUUUAAAGUUAAAAUCCAAAAUAAAGAUGCGAUUUUGGCUGCUUCUUCUAGAGCCUGGUUGCUAUAUGAUUAUCAAAACAGGUUUCAUUUAACUCCACUCUCUUACGCUGCUUUAGAAUUUGCUGCUGGUUUUUCAUCUGAACAGUGUCCUGAAGGUAUCGUCGCCAUUGCUGAGAAUACACUCAGAAUUCUCUCACUUGAAAAGUUGGGAGCUAUUUUCAACCAAGUUAUAUAUCCAUUGGACUAUACGCCUCGAAGAUUGGUCAUUCAUAAAACAUCUGGGAAUUUAAUCAUCAUUGAAACAGAACAUGCUGCAUUUACUGCAAAGGGCAAGGAUGAACGUCGAAGACAUCUAGCUAAUGAACUCUUGGAAGUUGCUAAAGAUGCUGAUGAAGCCGAUCAGUUAGCAGUAAAAGAGAUGGCGGAAGCCAUUGUAAACGAAAAAAUCGAUGAACGUGAAUUUGGUGCUCCAAAGAAUCAAAAAGGAAAAUGGGCUUCUUCUGUGCGUAUUUUGCGGACUGUUGAUGGUGAAACACUUUUUUAUUAUCCUUUCCCUGAAGAUGAAGCAGCUUUUUCCAUUGCUAUGGUGCAGUUCCAAAAUCAGAGUGAUGCGCAAUUCGUUUUGGUUGGUUGUGGUUGUUCUCUUCAAUUAAAACCCCGUAUAUCUAAUGGUGGAUGCAUUUAUACGUUUUUUGUCUCCGGGAACGGUACAAAACUCGACCUUUUGCAUCGAACUGCAACUGACGAAGUCGUUAACGCUAUUCAUGAUUUUCGUGGUAUGGCGCUUGCUGGAGUUGGAAAGAAAGUGCGGCUUUAUGAUUUCGGUAAACGGAAACUUCUUGCAAAAUGUGAAAAUCGACAAUUACCAACACAAGUCGUUGAUAUUCGUUCAAUGGGUCAGCGAAUUGUUGUUAGCGAUUCUCAGGAAUCGAUUCAUUUCAUGAGAUAUAAGAAAUUAGAAAAUCAGCUAAGUAUCUUUUGUGAUGAAACUUCUCCAAGAUAUGUUAUGGCAUUAUGCUUACUUGACUAUGACACUGUUGCUAUCGGUGAUCGUUUUGGGAAUAUUGGCAUUCUACGUUUACCGAAGGGUGUAUCUGAAGAGAUUCAGGAAGAUCCAACGGGAGUUAGAGCUCUGUGGGAUCGUGGCACUUUAAAUGGUGCAUCUCAAAAAUUGGAACUUAUUGGGCACUUUUAUGUUGGCGAUAUGGUUACAUCAAUUCAAAAGACAUCACUUGUGUUAGGAGGAAACGAUUGCCUUGUUUACACUACUAUUUCUGGUGUCAUUGGCAUGCUUGUGCCGUUUAUGUCGAGAGAUGAAUUCGAUUUCUUUCAAAAUCUGGAAAUGCAUAUCAGAGUUGAGGCUCCACCGAUUUGUGGUCGUGAUCAUCUGGCGUUUCGCUCUUUUUAUUUUCCUGUUAAAAACGUAAUUGAUGGUGAUCUUUGUGAACAGUUUGCUUCAAUGUCAACCGAAAAACAGAAAUCAGUAGCUGAAGAAUUGGGCAGAAAGCCUCUGGAAAUACAUAAGAAACUGGAAGAUAUUCGAACUCGUUUCGCCUUUUAG